ACUCUAAUACGUAUUACCCUGCAUGUGUAUGUGCAGUGUAGGUCACGCUUGCAGUAGGCUCCCAUCAUGUCUCUGUUUUACCCGACACUUCUGCUCUGUUUAUACGGUUUCUUUUCCAACCUCCGGCCAUCGGAGCCUUUCCUGACAGCAUACCUUAUGGGACCAGAUAAGAACCUAACGGAGACUCAGGUUGUCAGUGAAAUCUAUCCAAUAUGGACGUAUUCCUACCUCGUUUUGCUUUUUCCCAUCUUCUUGGCCACUGAUUACCUCCGCUAUAAGCCUGUGUUGGUGCUGCAGGCCACCAGCUUUGUAGUUACCUACGCUAUGCUUUGGAAGACGAAUGGCAUAGCGGCCAUGCAGCUCCUGGAGUUUUUCUUUGGGCUGGCCACGGCUUCAGAUGUGGCCUACUACUCUUACAUCUACAGCGUGGUAGAGCCAGCACAGUACCAGAAAGUAACUAGUUACUGCCGCAGCAUUACUCUGUUUGGAUCAGCUGCUGGAUCUCUGAUGGGUCAGCUUCUCCUUUCGGUGGCCAAAGUUCAGCUGCUCCACCUUGUCAUCGUUACACUUGCAUCGGCUGCUCUGGCCUUUGUUGCUCCCUGGUUUCUCCCCAUGCCCAACAGGAGCUUGUUCUUCCACAAGAGUUCAGGAGUAGCAGAAGGAAGGAUGGAGAGCGCAGAGGAUUCAGAGAACAAGGAGCCUCUGAAUAGGCAGGAAGUCUUCAUGAGGUCCAAUUCCUCUGAGGCAGGAAGUCAUAGUAGCGGUUUCGUGGAGGUGUUGCGGGGGCUGUUUCAUGACUUUGUGCAAUGCUAUAAAUGUCGCCCCCUGCUGGCCUGGUCACUGUGGUGGGCCCUGGCAACCUGUGGCUACUUCCAGAUCAUCAACUAUGCUCAAGCACUAUGGGAGAACGUUCGCCCAUCCCAGGACUAUGAAAUCUAUAAUGGUUACGUAGAGACACUGUCCACUCUGUUCGGUGCUUUGGCAGCUCUGCUGGUGGGCUGCCUGCCCGUAUCCUGGGCUCUAUGGGGAGAGCUGGUGUUGUGCGCACUCUCCUUGUUGAUGGCUGCGUGCGUGUUUGUCAUGGACACACUGGAAAACAUCUGGCUGUGCUACAGCUCUUACAUCCUAUUUCGAACCGUUUACAUGCUACUCAUCACCGUGGCCACGUUUCAGAUAGCGACCAGUCUCAGCAUGCACCGGUACGCGUUGGUGUUUGGAGUGAACACUUUUGUGGCACUGGUGUUGCAGACCCUACUGACUGUGGUGGUAGUGGAUUCAGUUGGGCUUGGCCUAGAUAUCUACACACAGUUCCUCAUUUAUGGCAGCUACUUUGUGGUCAUUUCUGUGAUCUUCCUCCUCGCCGGACUUUACAAACUGGCCUCAGGGAGGCGCUCUAAGGGCAACAGCCUAGCAGAGGGGUCGGAGUCUCCUCCAGUGGUGCAAGCUCUUGUGGAUGGCAUGCAAUAAAACACAGUAUAGUACCAAUCCAGUGUUCGGACACACCUUCUCCUAGAAUGUUUUUUUUUUUUUUUUUUUUUUCUUUUCCACUUUCCCAUAUGAGAUGGUUUAGGAUGAGUUGGGUCACAGAGUAAAGGCUAGGCAGGCCCCAUGUCUGGAAACUCUGUUAAGACUGCUGGUGAACCAUUCCAGGUGACUACCUCGUGAAUGUGAAGUCUGACAGAUCCAAGAUACACAAUGCCAUAUAUGUUUCCAUAGAUUUGAUGUCGUCCAUAUAAGUCUACAUAGUAGAAAAUGACAAAAACAAAGAAAACCAUUCAAUGAGAAGGUGGCCCUGCACUUCUAUAAGAUUUUCUGCUUGAAACCCAAACUAUACUGUGGCCACUAGGUGGUGAAAGACAUGCAGAUAGAGCUGACAAUCAUCAGCAUAUACAUCAGCACAACUACUGUGUUUGAUUUGUCAGUAGCCAAAAAAGUGCUGAAUGUGGUUUUAGAUUUAAUAUGUCUUUUAUUGUAUACAUUUUGGAUACCAUAAUUGACAUAGUCUGAGUUUAAGUAUCAGUACAGUAUCUGUACCGGGCAUAUAACUACCUGUCAUUAACAUAUUACAAUUGUUUUGAAGCUUGUAGUGCUGUACAUUGAACUAAACAUUUGAAAAUUUCUUCUUAGUUCAUUCUUUCUGUAGCUGUUAACCUGAUGUGUCCGCACAUCUACAUUACAGAGAGAAUAGGAGGAUUGUAACCGUGCAUCAUGUACACACAGAAGUGAUUUGAAAUAACAUGAAUAACAUAAAACUGUUUAGUUUGUUUAAUAAAAGAACAAGGUGUAGACCUGUUCUAUAGGAUGGGGCACCUCCCUAUAAUAAUGGUAGGGAAAACACUAGUUAUGUUACAUGCUGUCCGUUAUUGCUGUGAUGAAAGUGCCUUAAAAGGUGAAGCUGCUGUUUUUUUUUGUUUUGUUUUUUUUUGUAGGAAGUGUCUCUUAUGUCAACAAUAUCAAUAUUAACAAUAAGGAUGUGAGCACUUGCACUUGGGGGGGGGGGCAAAGACACUCCAUUUAAAAAAUAAAAUAAAAAAAAUAACAAGAAAAAAUGGCACAAGUUGUUGAUCUGGCCUCUAAAUUCCCUAGAUCCCAAACUGAUCAAGUACCUGUGGGAUGCACUGGAACAAGCCUGAUCCACAGAGCCCCCUCUGUUCAUCCCAUAGAAGCUAGACGCCCCCCACAAGACACCCUCAGAAGGCCCAUGUACAUUUUCUGAUGAUUCACAACUGUUUUGGAUGUACAAAGGAGGCCUGCGCAAUAUAAGGAAGGUGGUCAUGUUAUGCCUGAUCGGUGUGUCUAUAUAUGUACAGUGUAUCCAAGUGUAGAAUUGCUGACCAAAGUAUUGUGUUGCUUAAACCAAAUGCAUGUUGCUUAACAUCAGUACAACCUACUGAUGGCAGCUCUAGUUCUUGGUAACUUUAACUCUCUUUCCCAGGAAGGCUUCUAAACUUUAUAAUGGUUACCUCAGUAAAUGUCAUUUGAGCCACAAAGUAGACUCUAUGAGCGCAUGUUGUCUGUGAAUGUUGAGAAUGUGUUCAUUUGUAUUGCUUAACAUUGGUAAUAGAGGAAAUCCUGAAUAAACAGUUUACUGAAGUAUGGCACUGAAGUAUAUGCAAGCACUAUUUUGCCUACUAUUUUAUAUUUUUCAUGUUGUAAUGCUGCAUCUUGAAAUAAACUAUUUUUAAAUAACUAAAA